CGCACAGACAGCCAGUGGAAGGCACCUUCAUUAACCCUUCUGCCGGUAUAAAAGACCGGCUGUUCAUACUGUGAGGUGUAGUCUUCGCGUUCGUGCGUGUGAAAGUCAACAUGAAGGUCUUCGCCGCCGUGCUCUGCCUCGCCGCCGCCGCCUCCGCCAGGAUGGCCUACCAGUUCUCGGACGGUUACCUCGACAUCCUGGGCGGCGACCCCCAGCAGGCCUUCUCCUGCGACAGCCGCGCCUACGGCUACUACGCCGACGUCGCCAACGGCUGCAGGAUCUUCCACGUGUGCGAGCCCGUGACGGACGAGCUCGGGGGCUUCGUCGAGACCGCCCACUACUCGUUCGUGUGCGGCAACCAGACCGUGUUCAGCCAGGAGUCCCUCACCUGCGCCCACCCCGAGGACGCCUUCCCCUGCGACCAGGCCGAGUCCCUCUACGACGCCUCCAACGCCGACUUCGGCAAGGUCCCUGAACAAGGCGGGAUCGACCUACGAGUAGCUUGAGGAACGACGCCCUUCGUCGGGAAUCCGUUCGGGUCUUAGAUCACACGGCUGGCGGAGGCUGCACUUGCUUCUUCCUCCUCUCUCUCUCCCCUUUCCAUCCUUUGUCACCUCUCCAUCCCUUCUCAUUUUCCUGCGCCCGGAAAGAUUUUUUGGACGCAGCUUCGGACGUCGAUAGAUUUUUUUUUUUUUUUUGACAUUGCCAUUUCAUAUAUUUUUUUUUUAGUUGUUGUUUGUUGUCGUUUUAGCUUAUUUGGAAGUUGAAGGACAUUCAUAUGAUGUCAGUGAGUGACAUUUCAGGUCAGUAGGUAUUGUAUAAGCCAGUAUAUAAUACACAGUUUCAUUUGAA